CGCAUUGAAACUUGAGUUCAAGAACUUCAGUAUUGCUAUGACCGUCAGAUCUUUAACAAUUGUCAACUUAAAUUCAUUCAUACAAUCUUAUCUCAUAUAAACAUUCAUAUUUUCCAAUCAACUACUGUUCAAACUUAUCAUGGAUUUUCGAACAUUUGUCAUGAUACUUAUGUGCUGCUCGACAUUCGCCGAGCCAAGUAGAAGUAAAUUGGGGUUGCAUGUGAAUGAGUCAUCGUCAACUCAAGAAGAAGAACCGCCUGAAGGUUUUUAUGCUUUUGUUGAAUCUCCGAAUGCUGAACCGCCCAAAGUAAGACCGCCGCCUUAUAUUGACAGUGACAAAGAAUGUUUUGACACUGGAAAACAAGAACAAGGAUUCGUUUCAAUUCACAACGUUUGCGGUGAUUUGAAUAAAGGAUACAUUCCACGAAAUCCUAUGAAACAGAAUGUUGCUGGAUCUUCAUAUCCUUUUGAAUUGAUUAAAAACCAAACUUUGAAAUUCUUGAGCAAAACAUUACCCAUUUUAAAAGCAGACGAUUCAUUGCCGAUAGUGGCUAAAGUUCAACCAUUUUCACAAAAUUCUGUACACACGGAUGAGAAACGGAGUAGAAGUAAAAGAGCCGCUGAGUCAUCAACGGCUAUAGAUGCCAAUCGGAAUGGUCGUAAAUUUUGUGAAAACGGCGGUGGAGUAAUGUGUAUGCUUUACAAAGCAAUUCAAGGAGAGCCAUUAGCAGCGUCUGCAGCUGAACGACGUGACGAGCCAGUAUCUUCUCCAGAGUAUCGUCAGCGCACGCCUCCACAAGAAAAACCCGAGUACACUGGCCCACCGACACCUUGUCCAGCUAAAGUCGAAUAUGCAACCCCAGUUUUUGCUAAAAACUACCAAGGGAUCUGGCGAUACGUUGUCCAGAUACCUUAUGAAGGAUAUUUCACUCAGACAAUCGAGUUGACGCGCUGCAUGCAAUCGAGGUGCCAUUAUUUGGACGGCGGAUGUCUUUCAUCACCUAGAUGGACAAGUUUACUUGUUGCGGAAAUUUAUUAUCCGGACACUGUAAUGGAAGAGAGUCCGAAUGGAAAAUUCCCAGGACCUCGUGAACCAAUAGCCGCUAAUUCGCCGCCGCCAGUUCACGAUUAUCAGAAUUUUCAAAUGUAUUUACAGAAGAGAGCCGGCGAAAAUGAAGGAAGAAGUAGUUCUAGUAAUCAACAACAUCAUUGUGAUGGACACGACGAUAUGGGAUGUUUCCGGAUUCGUCUGUACUACGAUUGGUUUUUGGUGCCCGGAAGUUGUAAGUGCUGGCGACCUGACUACUUCAAUCGUUAUGUGCGUCGUACUAAUGUUAAUUCCGACUUGUAAGCUGGCGCUUUAAAUACGAAUAAUAACGCGCAAUUAUACAAUGUGUAAGUAAUUGUACACAAGAAUUGAUAUUGACUCAUUGUCAAUAAAAAGGAUCAACAGACAUAUAUAUUUUUGUUUGUAAAUUUAUUCCGUGUUGCUGAGUUUAAAAGUAAUCGGAGAUUAAGAAUUGACAGUCUCAAUGACAAAUAGUUAAAGUUAUAUUUAGUUAUCACUGAUUUUUAUUUGUUAAAUGAAGUCAAUUGUUACGAUAUAAGUCUGGAAAUUUUUUUAUAUAUCUACAGAUAUCUUUCAUAUGUAAUUACACAAAAAAAAACUGACUGAUGGUUACUGUAACUAGUUUUUUUAUACUUUUAAUUAUUAAUAUCACUGUAAAAAUUUGCGGAUUAAAUCCGGAGUGAUUACGAAGCGGGUGACUGUUUAUUUAUUUAAUUCUCUCAAAGUGAAAUUCACUCCGGAGAGUUUAUUUUAAUAUUAAAACUCCGAAUUUGAAUGUGGAUUUAAAUAAAAUCCAGAUGCCGCCGAAAUCAUUCCGCUGAAAAAAAAAUUCCCUAUUUACUCUUUAUGCGGAAUGAUUUUUUAAGAAACUUCGGAACCGAGAGAAUUCAAAUUGAAAUAAAAUCCGUAAUUACUCCGAAUUUACUACCGAUUUUUUACAGUAUAAUUAAAUUAGAUUUUAAGAAAUGAAGAGAUUUAUGCUGAAAAGGUAAAAAUAAAAGGAAAAUAAAUCCUUAAAAAAAUAUUUUACCUUUUCUGCAUUGAUCACUUGAAAUGUGUGAUCAAGUAUUUUU